AUGUCUGGUAGAGGUAGAGGAGCUAGAGGCACUAAUGACCUCAUGGAACGCAUGACACAGAUUCUGGAAGUCAUGAUGCAUAAUCAAGGCGUAGAGCCGACUGAGUAUCGAGGGUUGUCUGCCUUCACUAGGCAUGAUCCUCCAAGGUUUGAGGGUGGAUUCAAUCCCGAGAGAGCCAAAAGAUGGGUGGCCAAUGUGGAGAAGAUCUUCAAUGCAAUGGGGUGUCGUGAGGAGAACAACGUUACCUAUGCUACUUAUUUGCUGUGUGGGGAGGCUGAGGACUGGUGGAGGUUUGCCGGUCGGACCCUGCCACAGGAAGAUGGCUAUAUCCAGUGGAAAGCAUUCAAGACCAUCUUCUUGGGGAACUACUUUCCCCGAGACCUAAGGAAGCAGAAAGCUAGGGAGUUCCUUAAGCUGAAGCAGGGAAGUGUGACUGUGGGAGAGUAUGCGGCUAAAUUCCAAGAGUUGAUAAAAUACUGGCCUCAUUAUCAACAUGGUGAUGGAGAGAAGGAUCUGUGUGCUCAGUUUGAGCAUGGACUGAGGCCAGACAUUCGAGUUGCGGUCAGUGUGUUUCAGCUGAUAGAUUUGCCCACUUUGGUGAGCAAGAGCAGAAUUUUUGAAGCUAACUCAAGAGGGAAGACGGUGGAUACUAGGGGAGCUCAAGGGGACCGUACUCGGGAUCAAAUAGCUCUCAGUCUCAAGGGAGUUCAUCUCCAGAAAAGAGUAGUGGGAGUGGUUCAGGAUCGAGUUCCUUCAAAGGACCGCUUAAAUGCUUCAGGUGUGGAAGGCCACACAUGGUGA